AUGGUCGGCCAGCCUUGCAUCGCCAUUCGCGGCGUCGUCGACGACAGGGCCAAGGUGCAGCACGCGCGGAACCUUGGGACCGACGCCAAUGACGGGAGCCGCCGCCGAGUCAGCAUCUGCGCCCAGAGGCAGACCACUGCGCGGGCGCAGGCAGUCAGGCUUGAAGGCUUUCGCAGUGCGGGCAGGCCUGUCCACGGCAUCCAGCGCGGCGGGCCUGCCGCCAAAACCACGCGGGGUACAGCCGUGACUGGGCUGGCCCCCGCUGUCGCGCACCAGCUCCGGCUGCCGGUUGCACGAAGUUUUGGGCCUGUGGCCAGGGGCGCUUCGGUCGGACUUCGGAUCGCCUCCUUUGGGCGCUUCCUGAGCACGGGCUCGAUGGCCAUCAACGCGGGGGCCGUGGCGCCGCAGUGGGCUCGCGCUGUCUGGGAGGGCCUGCCGCCGCGCGGAAUCUUCCGAGCGCGCCUGCCGGACGCCGCGGCGCGCCUGGAUCACCCGCGGCACCCGUGGCCGCAGGCCAUCUCCCCCGCGGGCGUGGCCUUGCUGACGUUGGGCCGGUGCGGUCGGCACUUCGAGGGCAAGGCCGCGGUGGUCAACGAGGCGGGCGCCCGCUUGGACCUCCUGCGCGCGGCCCCAGGGCCGGUUGCCCGGCUUGCCCAAGAGGCCGCGCGGCGUGCCUCGGAUUGCAUGGCGCUGAACGGCGAGGCCACUGGGGUGCGUGACGCCCGCCGCUGGGUGCAGCCGAUCAGCUGGCCGGCCCUGCGGCCGCUGCUGUGGGGCUCGGCGCGCAAUUGGACGAAGCGGCAGCGGAAUUCCUUCGGGGCCUUCGGGGGCAACGCGCACUGGUGCCAUGAGCGGCUCCAGCGCCAUUGUCUCGCAGCGCGCGGGCCGUGCAAGCUGUGCCGGGCAAGGCCGGCGCGAUCUUCCACGGGGCGCACGGGCGCGAUGCCCAUGCCAGCCGCAGGCGCGAGGGCCCGGCGGGCGAAGCGCGAGGGGCCCGUGGUCGUCGAGCGACUCGCGCGCGGGAUCUUUCCGGACCCCCAGCACCUCUGGAACGACAUCGGCUGCCAGCAGUUCGACAUCCAUUCGACGUGCCUGAAGCUGCUGCCCAUGGCCCUGCACCGCUGGCAAUGCGCCCCAGGCGGCCCAGCCGCGACGGCCAGUGGGCACCUCGACCUCUUCGUCGACGGCGCCGACACCGCGGCCGCCCUGAGCGCAGCCGCCGACACGUGGACCAAGCGCGGGGCAGAGUGCAACGGCGUGCCCAUGGAGGCUGAGGAGCUCGCGCUCGCGCUGUGCGACGUCGCCCAGGAGGCCGCGCGCUGGUCGGGGGAGCUCCGCGCGAUCCUGGCCGACGACGGCAGCAAAGGCUGCGACGACUUGGGGGCCCGGCCGCAGGGGCAGCCUGAGGGCGGCGCCGAGGUGGAGCUCGUCGUCGGCGACGGCCCCAGCACCGAGCACGCCGAAGCCAGCGCUGAGCCCGCGGCCGUCGACGGCGGCGGCGUCGGAGGAGCGGCGCGCAGUGGGCCCAGGGCAGCUCCGCAUCAGCUCAAGGCUGCCGAGGCCGCCGCUCCCGGCCGCCCGCCUCAGACCCUGGCGGCGCGUCUGCGGCGCGGGGCCUACGGCGCGAAAUGCGCCCGCAACCUGGCAGGCGCGCGCCGCGGAGCAACCGCAACCGCGCUCCAGCGCCAGAAGGCCCGCCUGGCUGACGGCCGGCACUCAGGGCACCGUCAAUGCCGGACGCUGGUGCUCUCCAGGCUGCGGGGGCCGAGUUCCGCAGACCUCGCCGCGCGCCUGGUGCCAAGGCGCCCAGGCGCAUGCUGGCCGAGGUUCUCGGCAGCCCACGGCCUGGGCGAGGAGGACGCGGAGGCGGCCGUGCAUCGCCGGCGCCAGCGGCGGCGCGCUGGAGCCACGGAAGAAUGCGCUUCCGACCUCGAGGAGUAG